AUGCCGCCCUUCAAAAUCAUCAUCGUCGGAGGGAGUAUCGCGGGACUCACUCUCGCGAAUAUUCUGGAGCGAUACGGAAUCGACUAUAUUGUUCUCGAAAAGCACACGACCAUCGCACCCCAGCUCGGCGCAAGUUUGUGCAUGCUGCCCCAUGGCGCAAGAAUCCUCGAUCAGCUAGGCAUCUGGUCCAAGAUUGAAAAAAUGUCCAUGUCAAUCGGUCAGAGUCAAAGCUUUGGUCCAGAUGGUCUUCCUUUGGGCGCUCCCGAGCCAUUCGGGGAUACCAUGGCGGAAGUUAUGCAUUUCCUCGAUCGACAGCAACUGCUGGAAGUUCUAUUCCAAAAUCUCCAGGACAAAUCCAAGGUCUUCCCUGCCUGUGACGUCUUCAAGAUCGAAGAGCUAGAUGGGGGCGUACAAGUCGCACUUAAAGACGGAUCCAUCAUCACCGGCGAUAUUCUGGUGGGCGCAGACGGAGUUCACAGCCGUAUGAGAGACGAAAUCUGGAGAAUUGCUGAGUCCGAGUCGUCGGAGUAUGGCGCGGCGAAGAUGAGCCAAUCUAUUAAAUGCGACUACAAGUGUAUUUUCGGUAUUGGGAAGCGCCCUGAAGGAAUCACCGACUACGCCAGCUUCAAGUGUUUCCACAAAGGCCGUUCAUAUCUGAUUUCGGCGGGUCCCGACAACAAAUUAUACUUCUUUGCCUUCUUCAAGAACUCGGCCACCACAACCCACAGGGCUAUCCCGAGGUAUACAUCCGAGGACGCAAAUGCGCUUGCCGCUAAAUUUGCCAGUGAUCCCUUAUUCAACGGGAUUACUUUUGGCCAAAUCUACCAGCGAAUCGCGAACGCCGUCCUCGUUCCUCUGGAAGAAUACGUGCUGAAGAAGUGCUUCUACAAGCGAGCAAUUUUGAUAGGCGACUCAUUCCACAAGAUGAACCCCCUCGCCGGCCAAGGAGGAAACUCCGCCAUCGAAUCUGCCGGGGUACUUGCCGACCUCUUCAAAGAAACCCUCGACCAAGAAAAGCAGCCGAGCAACGAAACAAUCGAGCACAUCUUCCACGAAUUCCAAGAGAUACGCCGCCCCCGAGCUACCGGAUUAAUGGAAAUGACCAAGAAAAUGCAGAAAAUGGAGGUUCUCGACAACACUCUGAUCGAAUUUCUACAGCUCAAAAUCACUUCGAAGAUGGGAGUUGACCACAUUGUUCCCAUGAUCGCUUCGGGGUCGACACCAGGUAGGACUCUAAAAUAUUUGCCGAAGAAUAUCAAGAAUGGAGCAGUCGCUCUGGACGAAGAGGUUAGGGUGAAUCCCCGGGACCGCUCGACUCUGGCAACGGUAGCGUGGUCGGUUUUGAUGCUUUUUAUUGCAUCUCUGAGCUGGAGCUGGACUCAGUUGCUUGGAUCUUCUAUAGCCACCAACUUCGAUAAGAGCGGGUUUGGUCCGCUUUACGUCCUUCCACUGGCUGUCGCCAUCAAUACGCUUUGGGUCAUUGAGUCUUACCGACCUGGACUUUUUCUUAGUCCUCUUGUCAGUGCUGUACCGUUUAACCUGGCCGUGACGAAGCUGAACUGGGCAACUAUCGCACCUCUUUACUUCGCCCUCUACAUAAUCACUAGUCGAGGAAAAUCUUUCUAUUUUCCGUUUCCCAGAGCCAUCGAUCACCUCGUCGCUAAAUCACUGCUGGCGUCCCUUUUUAUCGCUUACAUUCCAGCAGCUCUGAGGGUUCUUCCGUCUCUGACUCAAGGGGAACGACCAGAUCUCAGCAGCAACAGAAUCCUCCUAGCUUCUCAUCUCGCCCUCCCAGUCCUCCUCCACCUCGGCAAACGCAUCUUGGGAGCCUCCUCAGUGAAGCUCUCAGUCGGCCAGAGGCUGUUUUCUAGUCACGAUCUGAAGUACCUCACCCGAUUCUAUACACUUCUCUUCUUCCUGAUGAGUACUGCCCAUUUGGUUCUUGUGUCUCUGGCUGUUCCACAAGUUAUUUCCGAUAUAUCUGCUUUGCAGAUCAUCGGCUCAUGGGAGCUGACUCAAUUUGCUUGCCUUGCUCUUGCUAUUGUCGCCUGGUGUUUGUUUGCUGUGUGGGAGAUGCGGCGUGUGGACCUGACUGAGGUCUCUUUGCUAACCACAUUCGUGGUUUCUACGCUCAGCUCGAUACUCAUCGGUCCUGCUGCGGUGCUAUUUGCUCUCUGGGGGUGGCGGGAGCAUGUUCUGGAAAUUGGUAGGCAGAGAAUAUGA